ACGCUCAAACCAGAGCCAGCCACGUGGAAGACCAGAUAAGCAGCCGUGGCAGCCACGUCAUAUCCACGUGUCGGCCACAUCAAAACCUCGCUAUGGCGUUCUCCUCUUCGCUCCUCCCAGCUCCGCCAUUUGCCGCCCGCACCGCCGCCCAAUCGCCGCCUCCCCGGCGCCUCCACCGAGGGCGAUCGAUCUGCAAUGCGUCACUGGAGGAGCCCAGCAGCCUGAGCUUCGCACUGGUGAGUGGCGGAGUGAUAGCAGCGCUGGCGGCGACGCUGUCCCUGGCGGAUCCCGAGCGGCGGAGGCAGCGGCAGGCGGCGGGCGUGGCUGGCGGGGACGAGAAGCUCGUCGUCAAGGACUACUUCAACACUGCCGGAUUCGAGCGGUGGAAGCGCAUCUAUGGCGAGGCCGAGGACGUGAACUCCGUCCAGCUGGAUAUCCGCCAAGGCCACGCACAGACCGUGGAGAAGACCCUCUCGCUGCUCGCCCGAGAUGGAUCGAUCCAAGGCCUUUCCUUCUGCGACGCUGGCUGUGGAACUGGAAGCCUGGCCAUCCCUCUAGCUCUGCGAGGAGCCACCGUCUUCGCCAGUGACAUAUCCUCGUCCAUGGUUGCCGAAGCCGAGAGACGAGCUCGAGAGGCGCUCAAGUCGGAUCCAGCAUUGCAGCUGCCAAAGUUUUCUGCCCAGGAUCUCGAGAGCCUGAGUGGGAAGUACCACACCGUUGCCUGCCUCGACGUUCUCAUCCACUAUCCCCAGGACAAAGCCGACGGGAUGAUCCGCCACCUCGCGUCCCUGGCCGAGAGCCGGUUGAUCAUCAGCUUUGCGCCGAAGACGUGGUACUACUCCCUGCUCAAGCGAAUCGGGGAGCUCUUUCCCGGGCCCUCGAAAGCUACCAGAGCUUACUUGCAUGCCGAGGAGGACGUCGAGGCCGCCUUGAGAGCGGCUGGGUGGAUCGUUCGUAACCGAGACAUGACUGCCACCAGGUUCUACUUCUCGAGAUUGUUGGAGGCGGUUCCUGUAGGAUCUGCUUGAAUGAAUCUCACACUUGCAAGCGAUUAGGCUGGAGAUAAGUACAAACUUACUCGGAGACUUGGUACAAAGAAGAGGAAAAAAAAAACAUUAUUUUUCAGAUAUGAACAUAAGAUCACUCAACUUUCUUUG